CGCGCCCCCGCCCCGCCCCCGCGGAGUCCUACGUGGAAGUUGCUGGCGACCGACCCGGCUGGCUGGGACCGCUGGGGCCGCGGCCGGGCCAGGGCGGGCGGAGGUGGCGGCGCCGAAGUCGAGUAGGAGUCGCUGCCGAGUGCAGGCGAGGGUGGACCGGCGCUCAUCAUGGGUGGCUUUUUCUCAAGUAUAUUUUCCAGCCUCUUUGGAACCCGGGAAAUGAGGAUUUUAAUUUUGGGAUUGGAUGGUGCAGGAAAAACAACAAUUUUGUACAGAUUACAGGUCGGAGAAGUUGUUACUACCAUUCCUACCAUCGGGUUUAACGUGGAGACGGUGACGUACAAGAACCUCAAGUUCCAAGUGUGGGAUUUGGGAGGACAGACAAGUAUCAGGCCGUACUGGAGGUGUUACUACUCAAACACGGAUGCGGUCAUUUACGUCGUGGACAGCUGUGACCGGGACCGAAUUGGCAUCUCCAAGUCCGAGCUGGUGGCCAUGCUGGAGGAGGAGGAGCUGAGGAAGGCCAUCUUGGUGGUGUUCGCCAACAAGCAGGACAUGGAGCAGGCCAUGACCCCCUCGGAGAUGGCCAACGCCCUGGGCCUGUCUGCUCUGAAGGACCGCAAGUGGCAGAUAUUCAAGACGUCGGCCACCAAAGGCACCGGCCUGGACGAGGCCAUGGAGUGGUUAGUGGAGACACUGAAGAGCAGACAGUAGACACUUGUCAUGAGGCCCUGGACAUGGCUGCAGCCCUGGACCACGAGUUAGGACUUGUGAUGGAGGCGGGCGCUGCACUGACCGAAGCUUCCGGAAGAAACUGAGGAGACGGGGUCGGCUGCAGGGAGCUCACCGGCCUGUCCCGAACACCCCUGCCUGUCACCCUCCUGGCCCCACUGGCCGCUCCUCUGGGCGGUGGCCCCCACCCCCGGUUUCAGUCCUCUCGUCUUGCUGUUUGAACACUAACCGGUCUCUCGGCUCAGGUCCCCCACGGCCACGUGACGGACAUGGAGUGUCCUGUCCCCAGUGCUCCCCGCCUCCAGGCCCAGCACCGCGCAGCCCUGCUGUCCUCACUGGCUGGGCGGUGCUGACGUGGACAGGACUGGCCCUGUGGGGCUGGGGCCCUGGGCCCUGUGCUCUCGUUGGCCUCCGCUGUCACAGCGUAGUCCCAAUGUCCCCGUAAAGCCGUCUGUGCAGUGGAGUGACCAAGGCACAGUGACCACAGCUCUACGUGGCUCCGCUGACCGAGUUUCCACCCAGUGAGGAGACAGCCCACGUCUCGGGAAAUAAAGUCUCUAUUUUAAGGCGCC